ACCCCAGAGCCCCGUCCGUUAUUUCCGUCGUCUUUCGCUCCCUCCUCAUCGCAGCGGCGAGUAAAUCGUUCUGCUCCCUGGCUUUCUCUUUGACUCUGUUUCAACCCGGUUCAGAGGUAAUACGGGUCGGGUGUAGCAAUGUCUGUGGCCACUGAGCUCCGUUCACCGGCCAAACCGGAUCGAGGAGCCCGAGCGAUACUUGGCCCGGCCGGAAACAGAGUUAGGGUUUUGGAAGAAGCGAAGCGGAAGAAGGAAGGCGUGAAGAAGCCGAACUACUUGGUUUCGCAGACGCCUAGCGUGGUUGUUCGGAGCAAUUCCUCGGUCGAUAGUACGGGCUCCUCGGAGUCGGUGAAAAUGGCAAGCAGUAAGCGGAGAACAAAGCCUAAUAAGUCGAAGUCUGUGAAGGUUGUGCCGGAGAAGAUGGAUGCGGUGGCUUUGUCGCCGGAGCUGGCGGGUCCGGUGAAGCGUUGUGAUUGGAUCACACCGAACUCUGACCCACUUUACACUUCUUUCCACGAUGAAGAAUGGGGGGUUCCAGUUCAUGAUGAUAAGAAGCUAUUCGAGCUACUUGUUUUGUCACAAGCCUUGGCAGAAUUUACUUGGCUAUCCAUUCUCGACAAGCGAGAAAUAUUCAAGAACCUUUUUGACAAUUUUGAUCCAUCAUCUGUUGCAAAAUUCACCGAGAAAAAGUUGCUUUUGCCGAGAUCAAAUGGGAGCACAUUGCUGUCGGAGCCAAAGCUUCGGGCAGUGGUGGACAAUGCUAACCAGAUACUUAAGAUCCAGCAGGAGUGUGGUUCCUUCAGCAACUACUUGUGGAGCUUUGUGAACCACAAGCCAAUAAGAAAUGCAUUCCGUUAUGCGCGCCAGGUACCCGUCAAGACACCAAAAGCAGAGCUGCUGAGCAAGGACCUAAUGCGGAGAGGCUUCCGAUGCGUCGGGCCUUCAGUGGUUUACUCCUUCAUGCAAGUGGCAGGGCUGGUCAAUGAUCAUCUCAUAACAUGUUUCAGAUACCAGCAAUGCAACAACAAUGUCAAAGAGGAUAUAAAAUCCAACACCAAGGACAUUGAGGUGCCAAAUAAUGCUGUUGAGAGCACUUGAUCAUCUCACGACUGAAUUCUCUGACCCUUUAGAGUUCUGACUGAUACACAAUCAGAACUCGCUCAUCUCUGACCCUCUAGCUAGUGUGACUGGCAGUGAUUCUGAAGGUGUUUGUAUUUGUAUCUUAUUGUAGAUGUUAUGGUAGGGCACUUUAUAUAUAUAUAUAUAUGUAUGUAUGUGUUUGUAUUUGUAUCUUAUUGUAGAUGUUAUGGUAGGGCACUUUAUAUAUAUAUAUAUGUAUGUAUGUAUGCUUGUGUAUCAUUUAACAGAUAUAAUGACUUUGAUGACUUAACAUUUA